AUGUAUCUCCAGCUUUCAGGGGAUCAAACGCUACUCAAUUGCCUUAAGCUUUCUGCUUUUGGAUUCAGAUGGGAGCCUCAUCAAAGAGGUGGAUCUCGUCCGUGCUUGUCACCAUCUUAUGAAAAUAGGACAAAAUGCCAAGUUCACUACAGUGCUCUUGAUCACGACUGCGACAAAACUAUUGAGGUUUUGGAAUUAAUUCAUCUUCUCCGAAACGAAAUGUUCCAACGUGCGCGCCAAAGAUUGCGCGCCUGGGGAGCGGCGAAACUUGCAACUUCUAUUGAAUUGGAUGAAAUUGAUUAUUCUUCUCAAUUCCUCAAUGAGUUUUGCAACAGAAUUGGAAUUUAUAUUAAGUCUCCAACAGGUAUUGAAGAAGCGCGUCGUCAAUGGUGCAAUAUGAACAAUAUUCGGAAUUUCUUUUCAAAAUUUAAGGUUAUUUUACUUAAUGUUAAUCCGUUUUUCUUGUUCAACAUGGAUGAAACAGGAUUAUCAAUACAGAAGCCAUUCAGGAUAAUUACAAACAACAAGAAAAUGAAUCUCUCACCAAAAGCACUCCAACAAACUCAAAUUACAGCUUUAUGUUGUUUUAAUGCAACUGGAUAUACGAUGAAUCCAAUUUUUUAUUUUCUCAUUUGGCAAAUUUACCACAGGAAUUCUUGUCGCUACCUGCAUUCUUCGGUUCUUCAAAUUCCGGGUGGAUCAAUCAGCAUUUAUUUGAGUGCUUUGCAAUUUUAUUCGUUUCUUAUAUUCAAUUGCUCAGAAAUGAGAAAAAAAUUCCAUUUCAACAACCGUUUUUCUUACUUCUCGAUGGUCACUCCUCAAGAUUAG